AUGGUGUAUACAGUACAUUACCAGGGUUGGCAUAAAAGAUACGACGAGCGAAUUCAUCAGUCAAAAUGCCCUGAAAUGUUCCUGCCGUUGACCGAAGCGAAUAUCGCCAAAGCGAAAGCAGACAUACAAGAGGCAAGUGCUGCUAAGACGAAACGGAAGAAACAGAAGUUAGAAGACGAUGACGCACGAAAGAGCGAAAAUGGAAGUCGUGCAUCAACACCAAGUGAUCGUGCAGGAAGCAGUUGCCAUGCACCCAGUGUUUAUAGCGAUCGUCGUGGUCCUGUCUCAAAAUCUUCGGAUACUCCAGUACAAAAAAGUGAACCAGAGGCGACGGUCUUGGCUUCGCCGGGCCCAAAAAUUAACGCGCAAGUCGAGAUGUUGAGCGAUUUGCCGAAAUUGUUCAAGAAGAUCCUGGUUGAAGAAUAUAACGCUAUUGUGGUACAUGGAAAACUAGCAGUUCUACCUGCAAAAGUGAAUGUCUUCAACAUCGUUGAGAAAUACCUAAUAUUCACUAGGAAUCUAUUCCCGCAAAACGUUGAAAUCGAUGUGGUACACGAAUUCGGAACAACGCGUAUUCCUGGUGUGGACACCCUUUGCGCUACUGCUCUCAAUCUACGAGAUUAUUUUGACAUUGUCCUUGGCUAUCAGCUGCUGUACAAAUAUGAGAAGCCUCAGUACCAAGCUUUGGCAAAGCGUGAGCAGGAGAAAUUUGAUGGGGAGGGGGUGAAAACGCCGGAGACUUCAGGACGUAGGCGAAGGCAGGCUCGCGAUGCCAGACCGUCACUUCCACCUCUUGUGGUAUACCAGUUGUUGGAAGGUGGUCCUUUGCGACCUGAAAUGCUUCGUCCAUCGAAAUUCUAUGGUCUUUGUCAUCUACUGCGGUUGUUGGUGAAGCUACCGAUCUUGCUACGAUUAAGCUCGACGGAUGAUUAUGAAUUUAUGGUGCGUAUUGCGUGCCUCCUUGAUUUCAAUGGCGUUCCUUAG